AUGGCCUUCUUUGGCUUUGACCAAUCCUCCCAGUCGCGCCAUAAUACGGCCGCGCCGGGCUUCUCCCAAAUCAACGAUCCCUUUGCUGGUCUCGCGAGCGGUAACGCGGUCGACGACGCACUCGAGUUCGAAGACACCUACGACGGCCUCGGCGACCAGCUCGAGGAGACCGGCGAUGCCUUCAACGAUGACACCUUUGGUGGUGAUGCUGUGCUAGGCGGUGCGAGCGGCGGCGCCAGUGGCGGCGGCGGCAACACGGGCGCCUUUGGCUCGGCCAAGGUGGGCAACGACUUUGACUUUUUCGGCCAAACGGCCAAGGUCUCCGAUGCCAUUGAGGAGGAGCACGCCCGCUUCAACCGCAUGCAGCCCGUCGCCCGGAACGCUCCCGUUCGCAACGACUAUACACAGGGCCCGUCCGUGGGCAGCUACAACCAGAACUACUUUGCUCCGGCCCCCGCCGUGAAGCCUGUCCGCUCCGGCUACGAAAAAUACAAGGAGCCCGAGCCCGACAUGCAGGUCGACGCUGCCCUGUGGGGCGUCGCUCCCAAGAAACCCGCAGCUUCGUCUACGCCCCAGGCCUCGUCGACGACGAGCCAGACUGCUCCGUCCGGCCGCAAGAUCCUGAGCCUGGAGGAGGUCGAAGCAGCCAUGCGCAACCAGAGCAAGGCCCAGGAAGCCCCUCCCGUGCAGCCGCAGCAGCAGCCGCAGCAGCAACAGCCCAUCUACCAGCAAAUCCCGGAGCAGUACCACCAGCCACCUCCUGGCGACUACUACCCGGUGCCGCCGCAGGAGCUUCUGGGCGAUCCUAGCCAGCUUCAUAGCCUGAACCAUCCCAUGGCCCUGCUGCAGCGCCCGCCUGCACAGCAGACAUCGCCGGGCAUGUUCCCGAAUCCACAGCAACAGCAGCAGCAACAGCAACAGCAACAUCUGCAACACCGGCAAGCGCCGCCCGCCCAGCCAACUCAGAUCCUCCAGAACCCUAACCGGCUCUCGGAGCAGUUUGGUGCGCCGCCUCCGCAGCAGUUCCCCAACCAGCCCUCGCAUCAUCGUCAGACCAGCUCGUUCUCGGGUGUUCCCCACAUCAUUACGCACCCGUCGCAGCUCGUGCACCUGUCCGACGAGGAGAAGGCGGCCUACCUGGAGCAGGAGGCCAGACGUGCCAAGCGCAACCACAAAAUCUUCCUGCUGUCCAAGAACAACGGCCUCAUGACGCCCCAGGACAAGAACUUUGUUACGCGCAUCCAGCUUCAGCAGCUCGUGUCGGCCACUGGCAACCCCAACGAGCACGGCACCGACGAGGCUCUCCGUGAGGACUUUUACUACCAGGUUCUGAACCAGAUCCGUGGCGGCAACCGUCAGCACCCAGGCCAGCCGCUCAACAACUUUGCCCAGACCUACCUGUUCCAGACGGGCAGCCGCUUCAACUCGCGCCGCUACAUGAACCGGGACCGUGGCGCCGACAACCACAUGCAGCGCAUGGAGCAGCAGGUACAACGUGCCGUCGAGGCCGCCAAGAACCGGCCCAAGAACAAACAGCUGGUGAUCGAAGGCACCCUCGGCAAGAUCUCCUUCAGCAACGCCAAGACCCCAAAGCCGCUUCUUAACAUUAAGCGAUCGUCCGAGGCCGCUGCGGCCGGUGGCGGCAGCGGUUCGAGUGGCGCCGAAGGCGGCGGAGGCGGCAGUGGCAGCGUGGGCGCCGACCGCCCGGCCAGUGCCCACCACAAAGUGUCGCAGUCGACGAGCGGCCACGCGCGUGUGCUCGACCGCAAGACCGUGCUCAACAGCAUCGAAAAGGUGUACGCGACGCUCAUGGAGAUUGAGGACCACGCGCGCUCGAUCCCGCCGCCGCCCACGGAGCAGGACGACCUGGAGCUGAUGCAGCGCCGCGGCGAGUGGGCCGAGCAGCUCGAGGUGCUCAAGACGCAGCUGUGGCGCGAGCUCAAGGUGCACGAGCCCAUUGGCGAGUUCCCCGUGCACCCGUUCAUUGCCUUUUUGUCGUUUCCCAAGGGCAAGAAGGCCAUCCCGCGCGUGUUCCGCCACCUGUCGGACGAGCUGCGCGCCACGGUGCUGACCAUGAUUGUUGUGCACCUCGACCAGCUGGACAUUGUGCGCAACGCGCAGGUCACGAGCGACAGCGAUGAGGGCACGGGCCCGAAUGCGGCGCUGCGCGAGGAGAUUGAGCUGUUCACGCUCACCGUGGUGCACACGCUGUUUACGUUUAUGAGCGAGCUGCAGCUGGACCUGGUGGCGGGCGUCCUGGGCUUGAUUACGAACCUCAAGGUGGACGUGGUUGCGCGGUCGAGAAUCGGCGCGUCGAUGCUGACCACCAUCUUGAGCCGUGCCGAGCUGAUCAAGCAGGCCGGCGGCGGCACGCCCGAGCAGUGGCAGUCGUGGGAGAUGACCUACAACAACUUCUUCAAUGCGCUCGAGCCGGUGCUGCCCUACAUGUUCCCCGGCACGGUGUCGUCGGGCGAGGACAUGUACGUGUGGCAGCUUCUGGCGGCGCUGGGCAUUGGCGCGACGCCCGACCAGCAGCAGCGCCUUGUCCUGGCCGUCAAGGACCGGGUCAUGGACACCGUCGCGGUGGCCAAGACGCUGCCGGUCGACCUGUCGGCGCAGCGCCUGCAGAAUGUGAACCUGUUUAUGCGUUCCAUCGGUCUGGACGUCGAGCUGCUCCAGUAG